AUGCUGCGUUGUACUUGCGGCGUGUUGCGCCUGCGAACACAAUCAUUCCGGCAGCAUGGCACACGAGCUGCCAGCCAAAACCGAGGCUCCGAACCCGAUGCGACAGCUUUCAAUCUCACGCCUUAUAUCUGGCCAACGGUACUGCUCAUCGCUAUCACAUCCUUGGCAGUCAACAACAAGCGAGUCAGGACAGAAGCGGAUGUUGCAACAUCUCGCUACCUGGCACAGAUCAGCGUGCUCGAGCGAUUGGUGGCUCAGGCGCGGAGGGGCCAAUACAUAUCUGAUCAGGAUCUGUUGCGGGAGCUGAGAGCGGUCAAGCUGCGAGCGAGAGAUCCCACCGCAGCGCCAGACGACCUUUCAGACCGCAUCGGCUGGUUGGAAGCAUUCCUUGGCGCCAAAAAGUACAGCAAGAGAGCUAAGCAGUCGGCCGAGCAGGAUUUGCAGCAGAUCAUUGAAGUGCAGCAGGCCGCUGACGAGGCGGCAAAGGCGGUGAUCAAGCCGCACUCAAUACAGGGAUCCCUAUCGCUUCCACAGGAGAAGACGCCGCAGGAUCGAGAUUCGGAUGACAUAUCCCGCAUGAUCACCGAGGAGCCGACCGCCUAUGCUGCACCUUAUGUGGCGGAAAUGUCAGCAGAGGACUUGACGUCUCUCAUUGACUCUACCACCACUAAGUUGCCAACUCUGGAUCAAGUCAAGCACAAACUGACAACACGUGACGGCUGGCUGGGCGAUUUUGAUUACGCGUGGCUCUGUCUUCCGACCUUGCCUUGCCUUCAUACUGGACGCUUCCGCACAAAAUCGACACCCUUCUAUGGUCUCACAGACACCCUGCCCAUUGUUCUCGCUGUCGUUGCAGGCUUUCAACACUUCCUAGCCAUGCUCGCUGGAGUCAUCACGCCACCCAUCAUUUUGGCGAGCGAACUUGGCUUCGGCCCCUCACUUCAAAAUUAUCUCGUCUCCAGCGCUUUUAUCGCUUCAGGCAUACUUAGCGCUGCCCAGAUGACCCGCUUCCGCUUCCCUUUCACCACCUACACGUACGGGACUGGAUUGAUCACAGUUGUGGGAAUAUCUUUUGCUACCCUGUCCACCGCCUCGGCUAUCUUUACAGUCCUGUAUGCCAACGGCACUUGUCCAUCCACAACAGCCGCGGAUGGCACAGUCACGCGAGGGGAGUGCAGGGAAGCAUAUGGCUACUUGCUCGGAACCUCGGCAGUCUGUUCGCUAUUCGAAAUGCUGCUCUCGUUUGUCAAUCCGAAAACGCUUCGCAAGAUCUUUCCCCCCGUGGUAUCGGGCAUAGUCGUCAUAUUAAUUGGCGCUUCACUCGUAGGUGAUUCUGGUAUCUUGAACUGGAUGGGUGGCGCGGGCCCUUGCUCUUCGUUACCCGUCGAAGCAGGUUCUAUAUUUGCAAAGUGCCCAACCAUCUUCGCAAAGCACGCGCUGCCGUGGGGUAGCGCGCAAUACCUUGGACUUGGCUUCGUCACUUUCUUGACCAUCGUGCUAUGCGAGGUCUUCGGCUCGCCAUUCAUGAAGAACGCGGGCAUUGUCAUCGGCUUAGGAGUCGGCUGCCUGGUGGCGGGUCCAGCAGGCUACAUCGAUGGCUCCACGGUCAGAUCAGCGCCAGUCAUCACAUUUACUUGGGUCGAGACUUUCCCCCUCAAGGUAUAUGGUCCAGCCGUCCUGCCUUUGCUUGCCGUGUAUCUCGCCCUUUCCCUCGAAGCCACCGGUGACAUCACUGCAUCCUCAGAAGCGUCUCGUCAGCCAACUUCAGGCGAGUUGUAUUCGAGCCGCGUCCAAGGUGGCAUUCUUGCAGACGGCUUCAAUUCGAUGAUUUCAGCCCUCAUGACACAACCCCCCCUCAGCAUCUUUGCGCAGAACUGCGGUAUCAUCGCAGCGACUGGUAAUGCGAACAGAUUCUCAGGUUACAUCUGCGCAGUCUUUCUCAUCCUAGCCGGCGUACUGUCCAAAAUCAGCGGAGUGUUCCUGGCUAUUCCCAACUCGGUGCUAGGUGGGGCUACGUCGUAUCUGUUUGCUACUGUCGUCACCUCUGGCAUCCGUGUCGUCGCGAUGAUGCCGUUCACGCGACGCAACCGAUUCGUCUUAACCUCGGGACUCGUCUUCGGGCUUGGGGCAUUACUCAGACCCAAUUGGGCGUCAUUCAUCUUUACGUCACCCGAAGUCGGAGGCAAUCGCGCGCUCAGAGGGUUCGAGGACUCGAUCGUGAUUGUGCUCGAGACACCGUUCCUUAUUGGCGCCAUUGUUGCGACCAUCGUCAACGCCAUCCUGCCCGGCGAAGUGCAGCCGACUACGACCAUCAUUACGCAGUCUGAACCUGCCAACCAAGGCCCGGUCGACCCAGCCCAGCUCGAGUCUCAAUCAGGCUCAGAUCGUGCAUCGGAAGACCACAAGGAGAAGCCGCACCUCACCUCAUAG